UCUUUGAGUGCUGUCCCUGUGGGUGCUCCACUCUACCUGAAUGUGAAGCAGUACCCACUAUGGUUGGUGGCAUUUUGGAGUUGUGUGAGGGACAACGGUAGACAGUACCGUAUGACCAACUAUGGAGUCUGCCGUGGUAUCCCGUGUGAUAGCAUAAUGUUUGGCAAAUGUGUGGUCAGAUGUCCCUGUGGCCACCUUUGUAUAUGUCUGUAACAGGUACGUUGUGGAGGAAGGCAAUGGAUGUUGACAUUGCUCUAGUAAAAUGAGUCCUAACACCCUCUGGGUGGUUGAACAUUCUGGGUCUGAUAGCAGGAUCUGAUGCAGACCAAGAUCCCCUUGGAGAGUCUUUGCUUAGAGAUAGCAUCACCCUUUGAUCUCUUGGUAGUAGAAACAAAUAGCUUAGGGGAUUUACGAAAUGGUUUAGUUCUGUCAAGAUAGAAUGCAAGAGCCCAUCGGACGUAUGUAAUGUAGCUUCCUGUGGAGUUGUCUGAGGCUUGGGAUGGAAUACAGGUAUUGACUGGUUAAGGUGGAAGGUAGACACCACCUUGGGGAGGAAUUUGGGGUGGGUUUGUAUAGGAAGCUUGUGUUUAGAGAAAAUGGUGUAGGAGGGUAGGCCGUCAGGGUGCUUAUUUCACCAACCCUUCUUGUUGACAUUAUGGCAACCGAGAGAGCCACUUUCAUCGAUAUGUGGAGCAGGGAUGAAGUGGCCAGGGGCUCAAAAGGGGGUUUCAUAAGAGCGUGGAGAACAAGGUUGAGACUCCAGGAGGCUACUGGUGAAUGAAUCUCAGGGUAGAGAUUUUGCAAGACCGCGAGGAAGAGUUUGAUGGUGGGAUGGCCAAAAGUGAAUAGCCGUCCAGAGUGUGAUGGAAAGCGGUAAGGGCCGCAAGGUGUACUCUGAUCGGAGUGAGUGAAAGCGCAUCCUGUUUUAGUUUGAAAAGAUAGUCUAAGAUGUCAGAGAGGGUUGCAGUCUGGGGUAUUAGGCAUCUGUGGAAGCACUGAUGGAGAAGCGUUUCCACUUUUGCAGGUUAGUGUUAGGAGUGGAGUCCCUUCUACUGUGCAGGAGGACAUGUUGGACCUGUUCAGAGCAGGCUAAUUCGUGGGAUUGAAACCAUGAAGGAACCACACCGUCAGAUGGAGUUUCCAGAGCUGCAGAUGAAGAAGCUGACUGCAGUUCUGGGAGAGGAGAUCUGGGCUGUUGGGGAGAGUCCGGGGAGGACAGAUGGACAUGCGUAGCAGAAACCAGGGAAGAGGAUGAGCACUGCCCCAAGUCCUGUCUUCAGCCAAGGACGGUUGAGAAGGAACUGAGGAGAGUGCGGGAUGCAUGCACUCAGGAAGAUUCCAAUGAGAUGGGAGAAACCAACUGAGCACGUAUGUCCCGACCAGGCACUGCUACUGAAGAUCUCCGAUCAACGGAGAUGUGACGUCCUUAUGAUGACUCCAUGGUUUGCUCCAAUAGUUUGGGAAGGGACCUAUAACUCCGAGAUCCUGAAUGAGCAGUUCCGACAAAGGAAUGUCACUGUUGGACUGACAGUGUUUGCUAUCAAAAAGUAUGUAGUCUUCCUCAAGACGUUUUUAGAAACUGCAGAGACGUACUUUAUGGUUGGACAUAGGGUGAACUAUUACAUUUUCACAGACAGACCAGAAGAAGUUCCUAAAGUUGCGCUCAAAGAAGGAAGGAACGUAGUGGUUCUGCAAGUCCAAAACUACCCUAGGUGGCAAGAAAUCUCUAUGCGACGAAUGGAAAUGCUCAGCUACUUCUCUCAGCAGCGGUUCGUUAAUGAGGUCAGCUACCUUGUGUGUGUUGAUGUAGACAUGAAGUUUAAUGACCAAGUUGGAGUGGAGAUCCUGAGCGACUUGUUUGGCACACUACACCCAGGUUUCUACGCCGCAGAGCGUCAGUCUUUCACCUAUGAACGUCGACCUGCUUCUCAAGCUUAUGUGCCCAGCGAUGAGGGUGACUUCUACUAUAUGGCAUCCAUUUUUGGAGGAACAGUAAUGGAGGUUUACAAGCUGACCAAGCAAUGCCAUGAAGCCAUCAUGGUGGACAAAGCCAAUGGAAUUGAGGCAAUCUGGCAAGAAGAGAGUCACUUAAACAAGUAUUUUCUUUACCACAAACCAACCAAAAUACUUUCUCCAGAAUACAUGUGGGACGACAAUCUAGGUAGGCCAGAGAUCCUUAAGAAAAGAAGGUUUCUUGCUGUACGAAAGAAUCAUGCUGCAAUCAGAAAUAAAUGAAAUUCAUCUCA